AUGGUCAUGUCCUUCAAGUCUGAAUCAUCUUCCUCUAGAGUUGGAUACAGUUAUGAUGUCUUUUUGAGUUUUCGAGGGGAAGAUACUCGCAAGAAGUUUACAGACCAUCUUUCUUAUGCAGUAGUUCUAGCAGGAAUCCAUACAUUUCGUGAUGAUAAUGAACUUCCUAAAGGAGAAGAAAUCUCCCAACAACUCCUUAAGGCAAUUGAGGAAUCAAAGGAUUUCUAUAGUUGUCUUCUCCAAAGACUGGGAGUUUUGCAGAAGCCUUUAAGGUGCAUGAAGGAUGCUUUAAGGAAGAAAUGA